AUGUCAUCAAAACAACAAUCAUCCUCAUUAGGAUCUGAAGCAUCAACAACACCGAAAAGGAAAAGAGGUAGACCUCCCAUCAUGAAACAUUAUCCUGAUCCAUUACAUAGUCCUAUGGCUCAUUCCUCAAUGAAAGUGAAAAAAAGAUUAUCUACUCAAGAUUUUUCAAAACCAACAAUGAAAAUUAAUAAAUUCACUUCAUCUCCAAGAAAUAAUGAUCAUCAACAAUUGAAUUCUAUUUAUUCUACUCCAACCAAAAAUAAUAAUAUCACUAAUAGUAACAGCAAUAGUAGUAGUAAUAAUAAGGGUACGCACGCUCGACAGAAAAGGUUCAGAGGAAAUAUAUUACUCUCAUCCUCGUCAUUUUCACCUUUAUCGUUACCAAGAUCAAUAUCAAAAUCAAGAUCUUCUACAAAUACUCCUGAAAUUGAGAACAAAUCAAGUCUACAUUCAUCCGAUUCAAAAUCAAUUACCCUAUCAGCACCUCUAAUUACAACACCAACUAACAACAAAAGUAAGUCUAACUCUCGUUCGAAUGAUUCGAUUACAACAACAAUGAGCAAGAAAAGAAAUAAUAUUUUCUCAAGUGUAAGUCCCUCCAAUAAUAAAUCUACCGAGAUAGAACAACAAUCUUUAUAUUCUCCUUCACCACAAUUAAAUGAAAAAACCAAAGUACAGCAUCAUUUUAAUCUGUCUUUAAAUAUCGAUAGCAAUGGAAAGGCAAAGAUUCAACCAAUUAUCAAACAAAAUAAUCAACCUUCGAAAAAUAAUCAGAAUAAUGAUGAUGUGUCGUCAUUAACAAAUAAUAAUAAUCAUUAUCAUAAUAAUAGUUCUUCCUCUAUGAACAUUCCAUCUUCACAAUUUAUAAAAUAUUCACCAGUAUCACCCAUACGACCAAAUAUAAUGAUUAUCCCUGAAACACCUAAAUCAAAUAACACUAAUCAAAAGUCAAACCGAAUGCAUGAUAAUCAACAAUCUCCAAUUCCAAUUCAUAUGGAAUUCCCAUCUUCUGAUAAAAGAUCAAAUAUACAAUCAUUUUCAUCUCCUUGUUUCAAGAAUAAUAACAAAAAUGACAAGCCAUCAUACAUUCAAGAUCAAGAACAACAAUCCAUCUUCAAAUAUAUUUAUAAUGAUCCAUUACUGGUUAAUGAUCAAAUAAAUACAAAUAAUACAAAUCGAUCACCUUUCUUCAAUUAUAAUAGUAAUAAUAACAACAAUAACAUUAAUAUGAGUCCCUAUAGAAAUAAUUUGUUUAUGUCUCCAAGAAAGUUUCUUACAAUAAGUAAUAGUAAUGAUAAUUCUCCAUCAUCCACAUUAUCGACAAAUAAUAGGAAUAUAAUGAUGACAAUGAGUCCACAAAGAAUCAAGACAUCUUCUUCCACAUCUUCCUCGUCAUAUAACGACAACGAGAUAAAGAAUAUUAUUACCACUAAUUCACCAUUUUCACCAAUUAAACAACUACAACAGCGACAAUUACCGUCACAUGCUUAUAUUCCAAAUUCAAUAAAUGACGCAAUACAAAAUUUCCAAAAUGAACAAAAACAAAUACAAAUACAUAAACGUAACAAUAUCCAAAAUAUAUAUAUUCAAAAUCAGACAAACGGACAUACAGAACAACAACAACAAUAUGAGAGACAACAACAACGGCUACUCUUUUCAAUAUUUCAAAAUGAACAAGAACAAACAAAUAAUGAUAAUAAUAAUGACUUGAAAAGUAACGACAACCAUAAAAGCUGA